UGAUGAUUGAAGAUAAGAAAAACGCAAAUCCAUCAACAGUCUCCUCCUACGAAGAGAAAGGACAACACGAUCAUAUUGAAGUUUUAGAUGUACCCUUCAUCAAAUCGCCUGAAGAGAAACGCUACAUUCGAAAGCUGAAUAUAAGGCUUUUACCUCUUGCAGGGAUAUUAAUUUUUCUUCAGUUUGUGGACAAAUCUGCGUUAUCCGUUGCAGCAGUGCUUGGUCUUCUUCAUGAUGCUCAGUUAACACUUAACCAAUACAGCUGGCUUAGUGCUAUGUUCUACCUUGGAUAUUUUGUUUUUCAGCUACCAAACAACUAUUUAAUGCAGCAUUUGCCGAUAGGCAAGUAUUUAGGUAGUCUUCUCGUUUGCUGGGGAGCUGUCACUAUUGGUACCGCAUUUUGUAAAAAUUUUGCACAGCUGGCUGUUUUGCGUGUUUUCCUCGGUGUAUUUGAGGCUGGCACGUAUCCUUGCUUAAUCAUGAUUUUCAGCAGAAUGUACCGUCGAAGCGAGCAAUCAGCAUGUUUCGGUUUCCUUUACUUAUGUAAUGGUUUGGCCAGUAUUGUUGGUUCUGCAUCCGCAGUGGGCAUCGUCAAAAUAGGAGUCAAAAAUGGAAUUAAACCAUGGCAAUGGGGUUAUAUCAUUUGGGGUUCCAUCACUGUCUUUAUCGGUAUAGUGUCAUUAUUUCUUCUGAUCGAUGGUCCAAAUGCAUGGUUUUUGCAACUGACAGAGGACGAGAAACCUAUUGUUGAAGAUCGUAUUCGUGAUAAUGCUGUUGUCCGUAAACACAAAGUCAAAAUUAGUCAAUAUUGGGAAGCGUUGAAAGAGCCUCGUCUCUGGUUGAUGUUCUUCACGUCAUGCACACACAAUCUUCAAAAUGGUGGUUUGGUCAGCUACAGUACCGUCUUAGUGAAAGGCCUGGGCUUCAAUGCUAUACAGUCAAUUCUAUUGCAGAUUCCAAGUGGCGCUUUUACUGUUAUUUUCAUUUCUAUCGCUGUCGUAAUUCACCGUAAAACAAAGCAAAUGAUUUAUACAGCUGUUAUAUGCUAUACUAUCUCAGCUAUCGGUUGUUUGCUGCUUUCCGUCUUUCCAAACUCUGGUAUAAAACUUCUGGGCUACUAUUUGACAUGGGCACAAACGGGGAGCUAUGUCAUGCUCGUUGCUAUCGUCGGCUCUACAGUUUCUGGAUAUUCUAAAAAGAUAUUUUACAACGGCGUUUUGAUGUUAGCUUUCACAAUCGGUAAUUUUGCUGGCCCUCUCAUGCUUGUCGAACAUACAGGUCCAGCGUAUAAGCCUGCUAUGUGGGGAUAUUUUGCGGCUAACCUGCUCAAUAGUGUCUUGCUUAUGAUGAUACGUAUCAUUUUGGACAGAACCAAUAAAAAGCGGUUGAAGCAUGGCGUAGGUGAACGUACCGAUGUUUACCUUAAUUUGACAGACAAGGAAGACAAGAAUUACAUAUAUAGUUUGUAA